GGUUCUUCUCUUCACCAAUUCAUUCACCAAACUCACAAACACAAUGAGGAAGUUCUCUCUAUCUUUGCUUUCUCUUUCCUUGCUGCUUUUUACAUGUUUAGCUACACGCUCUGAGUAUGAAAGGUUCAACCAAUGCCAGCUGAACAAUAUCAAUGCAUUGGAACCAGACCACCGUGUUGAGCAUGAAGCUGGUCUCACUGAGACAUGGAAUCCAAACCACCCUGAGCUACAAUGUGCCGGUGUCUCUCUUAUCAGACGCACCAUUGACCCUAAUGGCCUUCACUUGCCAUCAUACUCACCUUCUCCACAGUUGAUUUUCAUCAUCCAAGGAAAGGGAGUGCUUGGACUUUCAGUUCCUGGUUGUCCUGAGACUUUUGAACAGCCACAAUCAUCACGGUCUAGACAAGGAUCCAGGCAUCAGGAACAACAGCAGCAGCAACCUGACAGCCACCAGAAGAUUCGUCGCUUCUACAGAGGUGAUGUCAUUGCCAUUCCAGCUGGAACUCCUUACUGGACCUAUAACCAUGGUCAAGAACCUAUUGUUGCUAUUAGUCUUCUCGACACCUCCAGCUUUGUAAACCAGCUCGAUUCAACCCCCAGAGUAUUUUACCUUGGCGGAAACCCAGAGGUCGAGUUCCCUGAAACUCAAGAGCGACAACAAGGACGACAGCAACAGAGGCCCAGUUUCCCCGGACGUAGAGGAGGACGCCAACAACAAGAGAAGGGAUCUGAGGAACAAAACGAAGGUAGCAGUGUGCUGAGUGGUUUCAGCUCAGAGUUUUUAGCGCAGGCACUCAACACGGAUCAGGAUACAGCUAAGAGACUUCAAUCUCCACGCGACCAGAGGAGCCAAAUCGUGAGAGUAGAGGGCGGUCUCAGCAUCAUCAGCCCUGAGUGGCAGCAAGAAGAUGAAGAAUACGAAAGAAGUCACGAGGAGGAAGAAGAUGAACGGAGACCAAGACACAUUCGUAGACCAGGGCAUCAGAAACCUAGUGAGGAAGAACAAUGGGAAACAAGAUAUCCCAGACAUAGCCAGGAAGAAAGAGAACGAGACCCAAGACGUCCCGGACAUAGUCAGAAAGAAAGAGAAUGGGAUCCAAGACAUCCCGGACAUAGCCAGGAAGAAAGAGAGCGAGACCCAAGACGUCCCGGACAUAGUCAGGAAGAAAGAGAGCGAGAAGAUGAUCCCUACGGUCGUGGUCGUCCAUGGUGGGAAAAAGAAAGCAGAGAGAAACAAAGGACACGUGGACAGAAUGGUUUGGAAGAAACUAUCUGCAGUGCAAGACUUGUGGAGAACAUCGCUCGCCCUGCACAUGCAGAUCUCUACAACCCACGUGCAGGUCGCAUCAGUGAUGUUAACAGUUUAACUCUCCCAAUCCUCCGCAAUUUACGCCUCAGUGCUGAAUAUGUUCUCCUCUAUAGGAAUGGCAUAUAUGCUCCACACUGGAACAUCAACGCCAACAGCCUUUUGUACGUGAUUAGAGGACAAGGAAGAGUUAGGAUAGUGAACUGCCAAGGUAACGCAGUGUUUGAUGACAAUGUAAGAAGGGGACAGUUGUUGGUGGUGCCACAAAACUUCGUGGUGGCGGAACAAGCAGGGAACGAAGAAGCAUUAGAGUAUGUGGUUUUCAAGACAAACGACCUAGCUGCUGUUAACCAUGUGAAGCAGGUGUUCAGGGCCACCCCUCGUGAGGUUCUUGAAAAUGCUUUCGGCCUUCGUCCACGUGAUGUCACUCAAAUCAAGUUCAGUGGAAACCGUGGUCCUUUGGUUCACCCUCAAUCACAGUCUCAGUAAAAUUCAUGCAAUGCAAUGAUAAAGUGGCCAUCUUAUGUUUUGAAAUAAUCUUAAAAUAAAUUUUAGAUGUACUGCAGUUAAGAACUUCAGUUCCGGAAAUAUAAAGAAAUAAAGUAUGGCCUUGUGGACAAGAUCUCUAACCUUGGUCUUAGUUUAAACUUGUAUGCAUGUAUGUAUAAGUGGUGAAUAAAAAUGUUGGCUGCAAUAAUACCUUCCAAUCA